AUGGAUAGUUGGUGGAAUUUCUUUUAUAUUUUUCUUUUACUUUUUUCAUAUAUACUAUUAUGUCAUAGUCAAGUUAAUAUACCUCUUACAGAACCAAAAUUAAUAGCAGUUACACCUAUAAAUUCAACAGCUUUAACUGUUAGAUGGGAAUUUGCAAAUUCAACAUAUGAUCAAUCAGAUUUUAUACAAAUUGUUAUUCAAUUUUAUGAAUUUUAUUAUAAUUAUGGUCCAAUAAAUACUUCAAUUAGUUAUACAUUUACAUCAACAAAUAAAACUAUAACAAAUCUAACAAAAAAUUUUGAAUUUGUCAAUGCUUUUUAUUAUGUAUGUCUUUUAACAAAUUCUACAAAUAUAAAUGUAACUAUGCCUCUUAUUACAAGAACUUGUCAACUUAAAAGAACAUGUUUACGAUUGAAUUCAUCGAUAUGUUCAGAAGUACCUUUUGUAAUUAUUUCAAAUACAUAUAAAUCAUCAAAUUUAUUUAUUAUAAAUGUUAAUUGGCUUAAGAAUUUACCAUAUUCACGAAAUACAACUACUGUACAAUUAAUUAAUAAUGGUGUUAUAGGAACAACAUUAUCUUCAACAGAAAAUGAUACAUACAUAAGUCAACCAUAUCAAUUUUCUAGUUUACAAUUGAAUACAAAUUAUACAGUUAAUAUAACUGUAAGUUAUACAAUAUUUAAUCGUAUUCUAAGUGAUAUGAUUUAUUAUAAUAUUCAAACGUCUCGUUCAUCGAACUUAUUUUAUACCAGUGAUAGUUUUAUUUUUAUGAUUUGUUCGGUGUUUUUAUUUUUUUCAUUUUCUUAA